CGGUGGGAUUAWAAUUUAGCUUCAUUGGCGUGUGWGGAACACCAUACUGGUUCGUGUCGYAUCGUUUCAGAAUUCAUAACUUUCUGCCAUGUCUUAUGCGUUCCAACAAGGAGCUCCCGGUCGCGGUCGCGGACGCGGUCGGAUGAUGCCUCCCGGCAUGGGCCGGGGAGGCCGCGGCGCUCCGAACCCAUAUGGCGGAAUGAUGGGCCCCGCCGGAAUGAUGGGGAGGGGCGGCCGGAUGAUGCAUCCCGGGAUGAUGGGCCGCGGCGGCAGGGGAGGCCGGAUGGUACACCCCGGGGGCCGGAUGCUKCACCAGGGGAGGGGCCGGGGCGGCCGUGCGAUGAUGCCCGGGAGGGGCCGUGGRCAGGGCGGGAUGAUGGGCCGGGGUGCCUUUGGUACCAAGAAACCCAUUCCUUGCACUCUCGAYAAAUUCAACAGUUACAUCGGGUACAUUAUCACCUGCUWCAUGGAGCGCGAGGAACAGGAAUCUUUGGGGAUUGCAUUUCCRCAGUUUACACCGUCUCCCCUCACUCCAGACCAACAAAAACAGCUCAUGAUGAAGAAGAAACAGAAAGAGAUGAUGGAGUUUCGUGAGAAGAACAAGGAACUCAAGAAUACGACGSCCAAAAACGAAAAGGAACAGGAAGGCGAGCAGGAGCACGGCGAACCCAAUUCGAUUGAUAAUGGAAUUCUUGGGACAGAUAGCGACAAGAGCUSGGAGGAAACUCCCGGCGUCACGACCGAUACCACGAACGAAAAAGAUUUCUCUGGUGGCAAAGACUGUCCGGAAAAUACCAAGGUCGACAUCGACGGUGUGUCGAGCGAGGAAGACGCAAYUGAGGCGGAAAAAGAUACSAAGAAAGGCGAUUCCAGCGAUCCCAACAAGGUGGAAGUGUCGUCCAGCGAGGAAGGUUCCAAAGAAGACGAAGGGAUUCCCCCGCCGGAUCCUUCGUGCCCCUGCGAACCCUGCGUCAGGGCCAUCGAGAAGACCAAGGGGAAGGAAUCGUGCAARUGCUCGGACUGCCGCAAGGAGCAAAUAAAGGCCAUAAAGGAUUGCGAUUGCGAUCGAUGCGAGGUUCUGGCACAGAAGAUACCCGAUGCCAACGUUCUAGUGGACGCUCCCGCGGACGCUCCAAAGGGUGACGACUGCACCAAGAAAAAUCAGCCAGACAAGGAGAAGAUGGAGAAGAUGAAGGAGAUGAUGGAAAAACGCCAGCAGCAAAUCAAGAUGAACCUUACGGAUUGCGACACACUUCUAGCCAAGCUCAACACAAARCGGUUGUAUCGACGCAUCAAAUAUUACAAGCGCAAGGACCCGGAAUACGAUGUGGACAAGGCAUAYCCGUAUAACAAGAAAACGACGGAGAUUGCGAUGAUCGAGUGGGAAGCUCUGAUCGAAGACUGGAAAACGCGACGCAAAGCGGAGAUCGAACAGAUCAAGGCCAAGAACAAGGAGGAUGCAGAAAAAAGAGCAAAAGGUMUGGCUAAGCGAGCCAAAAAAUUCAAGAAAAAAGGUGGCAAGGGGAAGAAGAGAUCAAGCCCUAGGAAAAAAACACAAGCCAGCGCAGUGGAAGAAGAAAACAUUCCAACACUCGAAGAGGAGGGAAACGAAGUGGAGGACGAGGACGAGGACAAUGAUUCCAGUGGUGAAGAGAGUGAACCCGAGGAAGAAUGCGRCAAUGGUGAUGUCGAAGACGACAAAUUCGAAUACGUUGCGGUGAAGCCAUCGAAGUAUGAGUUGCUGAUGUUCACUCCUUGCCCCCGAGCGGUUGCGGUCCUUGCGUCCUAUCCUCGAAGUGGCAACUCCCUCAUGAGAAAUCUCUAUGAAAAAAUCACGCUCCGUGUAACGGGGAGCGACAUGAUGGGUGGCUUGCAAGCGCACGAUCUCGUGGGUGAAAUGGCAACAGGCACCAACAAGUGCCAAUUCGUGAAGACGCAUUAUCCCGAGCGCAUGGGCRCCCGGCCGUUCGCCGUGAGCCGGGCCGUGUUGCUGGUUCGCAACCCCUACGAUGCCAUGGAUUCGUAUUUCAACCUGAUGACCACGAGUACCCACACCACCAGUCUUACCGAAGACGAUCGCAAGAAAUUUUACCAAAUUUUUGCCGAGAUGGCCAAGAGGGAAGUGUUGGUMUGGAGAGACUUUCACGAAUACUGGCUCAAGCAGAAGAUUCCUCUCCUGGUGGUUCGCUACGAGGAUUUGAUCCGGGAUACCGUGAAGGUCAUCAGCAAGGUAAUCCGGUUCGUCCUGGAAAUCACUAGAAUGACGUUUUUCGAGGAGCGAAUCAUGCGUGCCAUCGGAGAGGAGCAAGUCGAAAAGCUCGGUCCCUACAAGGCUCGUUCCGGAGGUGUCGGAAGAAGCAUAACCAAGGGACACUACUCGCCAYUUUUGUUGCAGCAAAUCAACCACGGAAUCAUUGGCACGAUGGAAAAGUUUGGAUACAAAGAGAUGCUUGUGCCCAAUCCCAAGCAAUGGAAGCUCAGACCGCUUGACCAGCACGGUGUUUACAUUCCUGGAACCAGCAAAGAACCCAUGAUCAUCAAUCGAGACGGGCUUGUGAGAGGCGCGAUGCGGCAGACAAACUGGCCAGUGGUGCAAAAAUUUAUCCAACAAACCAGAUUCAAAGAGGCGAAAGAGAAAAUGGAGAAGGAAAAGGCAAAGGAGAAGAUAGCACCGGUCGAAGAAAAGAAGUUGGAUUUGUUUUAAGGUGUCGGCCGUUUGAACGCKMGYGYYAAAUYAAUGUAGUAAGAAUGGCCGCUUGUCGUCUACGAUACCGUCGRGACGAGAAGACAGCCAUCUAUCCCCUCGUUCUCAAUCACGACCUYUUUAGUACUGCUUCGUCUACCUAGCUGAAAAGUUAUCAAAAAAAUACUAUCAAACACA